AUGGCUACGAAUUCGAACAGAGAAGACGAUGGAACGAAGCUUGGAGAAAAUCGCCCUAUUCAAGAGUCGCCCAAAGAACCAGAUGACGACGAAAAAAUAUUUAUCUUGCCGGUUGGAAAAGAAAUCAACGUAGCCGUUUCCUCUCGAGCUUUGUUCGAAUUGGAAGAAGAAAAUGAUGUGUAUGAAAGGAAAGGACGUAAAGAAUACAUCGACCUUCAAAUAAGCCGAGAGGAUCAACCUCUGAAGCCAGGGGCAGCGUUCCCUUUUAUUAAGGAAGGCCCUCGAGUAUGUGAACGCGAAGUUGAAAGAGACCCACAUGAAAAAGAAAUCUUCUCUAUAACGUUGAUGUCACACAACAGUGGACAAGUUUGUAUUCGUCUCCAAAACUCCAUUGAACAUCAUGGACUGAAUAUAACAGGACUAGCUCUGACUUCAGGUGCAAAUAUCGUCCCGUACCUAAAACCGUAUGAAAUAAACCUCUUUCUUACUUCGUUUGAGGAAGAAGUAGCAGAAGCGUUAAAGGAAGGUUUCGCAGCUGCCGUGAUGUCGCUUCAGCCGAUGAACUCGCCAAGCGAGACACAACUGCGGAUCGCCUUUGAUUUGGAUGUAGUCCUGUUUGCCGAUGAAAACAAAGAAGACGACGAGUAUGCUCAACAGGAUGCUUCGUUGAACGAGAGUCCCUUAAAGAAGUUUGCCGAGGCCAUCGGUCGAAUGCAGAAAAAGCUCAUUACUGUGGAGCCCUGUCCAAUCAGGACAUACAUAAUUUCGUCACGUUCUGCAAAGAUAGGACGUCGCGCUCAGAUUACGUUACGUAACUGGGGUCUGGAAAUCGAUGAGAGCCAUUUCAAGGAAGGUCUGCCGACAGACAAAUUACUCAAGAUAAUCAACCCGCACAUUUACUUCAAUAACAAGGAUGCCGAUGUGGAGAGUGCAAGAGCAAAAGGCACGCCCACUGGGUACGUGAAAGGCGGAGAGCACAGCCACGACGAAAAGAAAAAAGAGGACGUUAAGAAGGAUCUGUUUAAGAGCAAGGAACCACUUUAAGGUAUAACACACUGUUGUGCUUCUGUAUUAGUGGUGCUCGCACAUUUCAAGCGAUAUACAUAUCAUUUGUUGUCUAUCAGUUGAUUUGACAGUAACGCAAAUUGACAGUAACGCAAAUUGACAGUAACGCAAAUUGGCAUUAACGCAAAUUGACAGUAACGCAAAUUGACAGUAACGCAAAUUGACAGUAACGCAAAUUGACAGUAACGC